UCGGCCUCCCGCCAAAUCCUAUUCUCUCUCUGAUCUCUGCCUCCCUCCUUGCAUCAUCCGCAAUGGAUUCCUCCAGGUUGUCCCAAACAGCCUACGAAGCAUCGGAAUCGAAGCCAUCACCAUCACAUCUCGAUCACUUCAAGUCCAAGAACAUUGACCCCAAAUCCACUUCGCUCAAGGGAAUCCAAGCAUCGGUUCAAGAUCCAUGGAGCUUGAAAACUCCAGAGAAGCCGACACAGCUCCCUCGGAGAAUCCGAAACAGAGGUGCAGUUGCGUUUUCUGUGAAUCAAGUGAAGGAGUUCGCCCAAGGGCUCCGGACAUCGCAUAUAGAAGGUCUGUCUGAUCGACAAGAUCAAAGCAGAUCGAAUGCAAAUGUUUCAUCUGUAGAAAGUCAAAAGCGUCCGGAGUCGAGUUCUGGUUUAGUGGGUAAAUCUUCGAAGAGCAGCGAAGGAUCUACUAAGCUCCCUCAGAAGUACGAGUUACUGGGUGAAUUCUUUGAUAGCAUGGAGAGUUCAAUUCGGCUGCUUCAGUUGAAGGGAUCGAUGUCUACAUUUAUGAACAUUUGCUCAAAGAUUGAAUCAUUAACAGACAGGAGGUUUUCUUAUGCCCAUUUAGCUCAAAUAAAGUACAUCUUGCCCGAGGCUAUUUUAAUAAAGAAGAUUCUACUGCAAGAUGAGCGAACCCUCUGUAUGAAGCCGGAGCUUCAAGUUACCUUGCAGUCCAAUGCCUUCAAAAAUGAUAAGAAGCAGAAAAAGGGAACUAGGUACUUUAGUUUGAGGAAGGUGUUCCGUGAGCGGAUUUUAGAUUUCUUCAAGGCUCACCCUGAGGGGAAUGAAAUUCCGGGCGAAACGCUGCCAGAGCCCUUCAACCAAGCAAAACAAGUACUCUCAAGCACAGUCACUGCCUGCAAACCCUCAUUGCCCAAUGAGACAUCAUCUAAUGCUCUUCCCCAUCCGACAGCAGUUGCAUCUCACCUGUCUAAGUCUUUCCAGAAGCGCUUUUCACAGAAAGUUUUGCCAAAAUUAUCUGAUGAUAUUCCCAAGCCUUCUGCUCUGCCACCAUCAAACCCUUGCCCCAAAGAAUCAUCUUCCAAUGAAGAAACUCUCACUUCUGUUGCUCCAUCAUCUCUUGGAUGUUCUUCAAAAUCGACCAAUAAAAUAUUAUCAAGAUUCUAUGCGUCUCCCAGUACUGUGGCACAGUGCAAAGAGACAGAACCAAUGAACAGUGAGGACUUCUCAUCAUCAGAAAUUGCUGGCACUCAGGGUACUCCUGCAAAACUCACCUCAACUCCUAUCAAGCUGAUGAGUAUUACUCCAGUAUCACAGACACCAAAGAGAUGUCGUAUGAGCCCAGAUGAUGACUCCAACACACCGAACAAAUUAACGAGGCGUCCAAGCCGGACCAGGUCAUUGAAAUUUGACACCCCUGUAAAGAAUGAAAAACCUGAUGAUGAGUUGAAUGUAAUGGAGCGGGCAAUAGUUGAUACUGAUAUUAUUGAUAUUCUUCCAGAGGCCCUUUUAAAAUCAAUAAGAGAAAAAGAGAGGAAGGCAAUGGUGCAACAGGAUGCACGUGUGUCACAAGCAAAUCAGAGGCAACAGAUGAUUGCAUGCCUGCCUAAGCUGUUUGACAUGAUCCUACUCAUAUUUCAGUCAAUUAAUCGUUCUGUUAUGACAAAGGAAGAGCUAAUGCACAAGAUCAUUGCUAGCCAUUUUGAUAUAAUUGAUAGAAGAGAAGCUGAAGAACAGUUGAAAUUAUUAGAGGAAUUAAUUCCCGAUUGGAUUUCCAGGAAGGUGGCAUGUAGUGGAGAUUAUCUCAUCCGUGUUAAUAAGAAUGCAAGCCCUGAAUUGAUACGUUCGAAACUUGCAGAAGCUGAGUAAGAUGGUGAGAAAUUUAGAGAUCUCCUCAGGCUGUCUUUGUCUUCAGGGAAAUUGAACUGUGGCUGGAAAGUAUAAAGGUGACAUUGAUGGAAAGUAAGUGUUCCAGCAGCCGAGGCCAAAUCUGAGCUUACGUUUUUGUUAUUCUAUUUUCUCUUGCCACAUC